UGCAAACACAUCCUCACUGUGCGCAAACUUGCUCGGUCACAAGGCUUUCCCAACAAGUUUGUGUUCCAUGCGGAAAAUGACAAUGUCAUGACGAUGCACAGGCAGAUUGGUAAUGCCGUACCAUGGCCAGUUGCAAUGGCGAUCGGCCGUGAGCUAAAGAAAGUGCUG